AUGUACUUCUACAGGUCGUCCAGCCAUGUUGACCCAGACGACAGAGGCGAAGGUGGAAGCCGAUUAACUACAAGCGCAGACGUCAACCUUCGUAGCAGCCCUGUCAACUCCCCAGCAUCUUCAGAUGAAGACCCUGAGGACUUCUCCGACAUCGGGUCCGUCUAUGACUUUGUAGAGGUCUCUGCACAGAGAACUGAAGGCGACCAAAACACUGCCGGCACGUCUUCGAGUCAUUCCAGACGAAACACGAUCAACUUGGACGACGAUGAAGACAUGAGGGUUGAAGAUGUCGACUUGAAUGCUGCCACGGUUAUUCAAACCGACGAGGCCGUACAUAGGAGCUGGCAGGAGCAAAUUCAUUGCACAGACAAAGACCCCAGUGAAGAUAUUGAAGAAACCGCAAACCCGUGGGCGUUGUUCCAGUCCGAGAUGGACUGGAGAUUCGCGUCAUGGGCCGUUCAGGAGGGCCUGAGCCAAGGCUCUGUAGACCGAGUCUUGGAGAUUCCUGGGUUUCAGGAAAGACUAGGUCUGUCCUAUCACAACUCACGCUCCCUGCUUCAGCGAGUGGAUUCGCUUCCAGAGUGUGCCGAAUGGAAGGAGCGUUGGCUGAGCUUCAAGGACCGACCAAACAAGCGCCACCUAGUCCAGUUUCGAGACAUCAUCGAAGCCAUUAGGACUUUGUUGGGCAACCCGGCGCAUGCAGGUCAGAUCGUCUAUGGUCCGCGUCGCAUCUUCAGCGACGCAUCGUGA